UAAAUAAUAAAUUUUAUUAAAUACUAAAUAAGAUAGGAUAAAAAUUAAGGUUCAGCGCCAUCUCUUAAAUUCCUUUAGAAAAAUGCUAAAAUCAUUUUUUUCAAAGUAUUUAAGAAAUAGCAUUAAUAUAAUUCUUAUUUUCUCUUUAUCUUUUUCUUUUUUUCUAACUCAAUUAUUUGUUUUUCUAUAUAAGUUUCAUUUGUGGUACUUUAGAGAUGAUGCUAAUUUCUGAAUUUUUAUUAUAUUUCUAAUUUUUUAUUAUUUACUCUUAUUUACUCUUACUUAUUCUUUGUAAAAUUUACGCGCUUAAUAUUAAUUUAUCAAUAUAAAAUAAAUUGUAAAAUGCGCAUUUUUAAACAUUUAUAAUUUUGAUGUAAUGAUUUGCUAACAUUAAUUUCAUUCAUUUAUUCAUUAAAUAUUAUCAAAUAAUACAAAAAAAUAGUAAUUUCAAAACGAAGUUAAGUUUCUUAUUACAUUUUUUAUUAAAUUUUUUUUAACACUUCUUUCAUAUUUUUCUAAUAUUUUUUCUUAAUUUAUUUUUUAAAUAUGAUUUUUAAAACUUAAAUAUGAUUCUUUUUUAUUGAAACAAUAUGAAAAAUAUUAUCAUGUUCAAUAUAUGACGUAAGUACAUACCGAGAUAUCGAAUUGACUGGCAUUGUGAUGUUUUAUAUAAUCAGUGGAAUGUAUAUUUAAGUAAAAGAAAAUAAUUUAAAUAUGAAUUUUUAUUCGAUUAAAAAUAAACUCUUAUGUAAAAAUUAUAUAAUUUAUAUUACAUUUUUCAUAUUGAGUAUGUGGAUUAUAAAAUCAUGUGCACAAGAAAAUUCUAACCUUAAAUAUGAAAAUGUCACAUUAGAUGAUAAAAAUAUAUUAAAAGAUUCUAUGUCAACAAAUUUGAGUACCGAUAUGUUAAUAGAACAUACAUUAAACAAUUCUAAUAACAAUAAUUUAAAAUUAAAUAUUACUCCAAACAUAGUAAAUAUAACUCAAAAUGUAUUUACAACUACAGUUCGAUCAGAUCAUGACUUUAAUAAUCAAACAACAGAAAAAAUUAAUAUAUUGCCUACGAAUAUUACUAAUAAUAAAAAUGGAAAUAAUAUAUUAGAUUUCACAAUUCCAUCACAAAGUUCAGACGUUAAUAAUAUAACUAAUAUAAGUACAACAACAAUUAUACCAGCAGAACCAAUAUUACCUGAUAAGGGAUCUGCAGAAGAAGAACAUAAUAGUUCUAUGUCUAUAUUUUUUGUUCUUUGUGUUUUAGCUUUAGGCAUUUUACUUAUACAUCUUAUGUUACAAACAAAUUUUCAAUAUCUACCAGAGUCUGUAGUAAUUGUUUUCUUAGGAGGAGCUAUUGGUAUGAUUAUAAAUCUUAUGUCAAAUCAAAAUAUAGCUAAUUGGAGAAAAGAAGAAGCCUUUUCUCCUACUGCAUUCUUCCUUGUACUUCUUCCACCUAUCAUAUUUGAAUCAGGAUAUAAUUUGCACAAAGGAAAUUUUUUUCAAAAUAUUGGUAGUAUUUUAGUUUUUGCUAUAUUUGGUACAGCAAUAUCUGCAUUUGUUAUUGGAGCUGGAAUUUAUUUGUUGGGAUUAGCUCAGGUAGCAUAUAAACUUAGUUUUGUUGAAAGUUUUGCAUUUGGAUCAUUGAUAUCAGCAGUAGAUCCGGUUGCUACUGUAGCUAUAUUUCAUGCCUUAGAAGUAGAUCCAGUAUUAAACAUGUUAGUUUUUGGUGAAUCCAUUUUAAAUGAUGCUAUUUCUAUUGUAUUAACUACAUCUGUAUUGGAAUCCAAUAAUGCAACAACUACCAGUGAGGCUAUUAUACUUGGCUUAAACAGAUUUUGUCUUAUGUUUUUUGCCUCUGCUGGGAUUGGAGUUGUUUUUGCUCUUAUAAGUGCAUUACUACUUAAACAUGUGGAUCUCAGAAAAAAUCCUUCCCUUGAGUUUGGACUUAUGUUAGUAUUUACUUAUGCUCCGUAUGUUCUGGCAGAAGGCAUACAAUUAUCUGGUAUUAUGGCAAUUUUAUUUAAUGGAAUUGUAAUGUCACAUUACACACAUUUUAAUUUAUCAACUGUUACUCAAAUUACAAUGCAACAAACUAUGAGAACUUUAGCAUUUAUUGCUGAAACUUGUGUAUUUGCUUAUCUAGGAUUAGCUUUAUUUAGUUUUAGACACAGGGUUGAACCAGCAUUAAUUAUAUGGUCUAUAAUUCUAUGUUUAAUUGGUAGAGCUGCAAAUAUUUUUCCUUUAGCCUUUCUUGUAAAUCGUUUUCGGGAACAUCAGAUUACUAGAAAAAUGAUGUUCAUAAUGUGGUUUAGUGGAUUACGUGGUGCUAUUUCUUAUGCUUUGUCAUUACAUUUGGAUUUUAGUGAUGAAACACGACAUGUGAUUAUAACUACUACAUUAAUUAUUGUAUUAUUUACAACAUUAAUAUUUGGUGGUUCCACUAUGCCAUUAUUAAAAUUUUUAAGAGCAGAAAAGAAACAAAAGAACAAUAGUAGAAGAAAAAGGAAAGAUAAAGAAGUUUCAUUAAGUAAAACUAGAGAAUGGGGACAAACAAUAGAUUCUGAACAUUUAUCAGAAUUAACAGAAGAGGAGAUUGAAGUAUCUUUUCUUCAAUCUCGAAUUCGUGGUUUUGCAAGAUGGGAUUUAAAAUUUUUUAUUCCAUUUUUCACAAGAAGAUUUACUCAACAAGAAUUGAAAGAUUGUAAAUCUCAAAUGACAGAUUUAACAAAUCAAUGGUAUCAAGCUAUUCGAAUUAGUCCAAUGGAAUCUGAUGAUGAAGUAACAAAUGCAUCAACAGCACAGCUAAACAUAAAUUUAUCAGUGGAAAAUCAAAAUCAAAUACAUGGAAAACAAAGUAAAAGACGUCCAAGUCACGGGUCUAUAUUAAAGGCUAUGGAGCUAAAAAAAAUAAUACAGUUAAUUUUAUUUUAAUGUGUAUUUAUUUUUAAUAUCAUAUACCGAUUUCAGGGUACACGGGUUUGUUAUCUUAUUUUUCUGCGGCAGGGCACAUAACGGAGGCAGCGUCUAAACAUCAAAUCCGUUUAUUUGUUUGACUCGAUAUCUCUACUUUAUUAUAUCUACGUUUUUAUGCCUCAUCUGAUGAUUGAUUGACUGGAGCAUAAGGCAUUUGUUUUUAAAAAUGAUUUGCUACAAUUUUUUAACAUUCUCAUCAUAAUUGAUUUUUCACGGUAUUUUCUUUUAAGUGUAAUGUGAUAUGAAUACGGAUAAAUGUAUAUAAAAAAAAAAUAGUUUUGAUUUUAUGAUACAUCUUUUUUUUUUGUAUUAAUGCAAAAACAUAUUGAAUAUAGGAAAUACCGUUGUAUGAUCAAUGUAUGAAAUUUAAGUUCAAUGUAAAAUAUUUUAAGUAUGAUUUAAAUUUAUAAGAUGAACAAAAUUUCUUUACAAAAAGCAUGCUUUUGGUUUUUAUUUCAUUUACUUUUUUUAUAAAUUAUUUCUAUUUUUUAUGAUAAUUUAAAUUCUAUUUAAAUUAUCUAUUUUAAUCAACCAUUAAUAUAAGAAUAGAUAUUGUUAUCUUUUUCAUUAAUAAUGAAGUAUUGUCUAAAAGCAUG